AAGCAGCCGGUGGCGGCGGCGGGUCGCAGCAGGGACGUGCUGAGGUGCAGCGAUGAGGAGGUGAUCGCUUUCAUCCAGGAGCGCCACCAGCCACACCUGCUGCGCUGCUUCUCGGAGAUAGGGCUGGGCUUCUCGCAGGGCAGGGUGGUGGCAGACUCCGAGACCCCCCAGCGCAUCCUCAACGCCACCAAGCAGCGCGGCGAGGAGCGCAUGCUGCGGGUCAUCAAGCUGCUAGCGAACCCCGCCCUCUUCCACGAGUGUGCCACUCACUUCAUGGGCAACUACGGCAUGCAGGCGCUGGUGGAGGCAACUCUGCGCAUCAGGCAGGCCAUUCAGCUGGCGGCGGCGCAGGGGCAGCACAUCCUCUCCUCCUUCCGUUCCGAGCACGGCGGCCGCGACCCGCACUCGGUGCUGCUGUACGCCUGCCUGCCCGCCGCCGUGGAGCUGUCGACCCACGAGCGGGGCACCUACCUGGUGCAGAAGCUGGCGGAGGAGGCGGAGGCGGGGGAGCUGGUGGAGCUGUGCAGGGCCGUGUUCCCGCAUGGCCCUUCCCUGACCAAGGACAGCAAGGGGGUGUUUGUAAUGAUGAAGCUGCUGGGGACGCUCAAGGACGUGUGUUGCGAGGGCAGUCACCGCUUCGACGCGUGCGAGCUGGCUGACGGG